UCUUGUGUUUACACUUGCGGUUCCACUUGCUACUGGCAGUCUGAUAUCGACGAUGCUCUCUCAGCCGGAUACAGCCACUACAAGUCCGGUAGCACCAUUGGCUCCGACGACUACCCUCACCAGUACAACGACUAUGAGGGUUUCAGCUUCCCCACCGCUUCUCCUUGGUACGAGUUCCCUAUUCUGAACACCUUCAAGGUGUACACCGGUGGAAGCCCCGGUGCCGACCGUGUCAUUUUCGACUCCAAGGGCAACUUCGACUCCGUCAUCACCCACACCGGUGCCAGCGGCAACGACUUUGUUGCCUGC